AUGUCUGUGUUGCAGGAGGCUAAACUGCCAUCUCGGUGCUCAGUUGCAGGCCCGGCGCUGCCUCCAGGUUACAAGAGCAGCUGGAGCUCAGAAACCCCUGAGAGCGGCGACGACUCGGAGCCUCUUCCCCUGCCCAGGGAAGCAGAUGGAGAUUCCGAAGAGGACUUGGAAGGAGCUCCAGCACCCAAAAAGCCAAAAGGAAUUCAGGAAGAUGAUGAUGAUGAUGAUGGAUUUUUUGGACCCGCUCUUCCUCCUGGAUUUAAAAAACAGGACGAUUCUCCAGAGAGGCCCAUUAUAGGUCCUGCAUUGCCACCCGGCUUUAGGAAGGCUUCAGAGGACACUGGGAGUACCAAAUAUUCCAUAGGACCUUCCGUUUCAUCAGAAUUCUCUUCCCAGGUAACAGAUAGCAGUGAAGAGGAAGACAACCUUAUAGGCCCAAUGCCUGCAAAAGGACCGAUGGAGUCUGAUGUAACUAAGGAUUUUGAACGCAGAGCUCAGAGAAUGAAAGAAAAACUGACUUCAGCAGACAAUGACGAACCCAAGAAAGUUACCAGGGAAUUGUGGAUGACAGAGCUUCCCCCAGAACUGAAAAGCUUUGGGUUUGGCCCGAGAACGUUCAAGAGAAGAGCGGAUGAAAAAUCUGGCGACAGAUCCGUUUGGACAGACACUCCAGCCGACAGAGAGAGGAAAGCCAAGGAAAGAGAAGAGGCCAAGAAGUCGGCCAGUAAGGUUGAUGAGGAGACUGUGCUGUCUGGGAGAGACAAGCGACUCGCUGAGCAGGUGACUUCCUACAAUGAGUCGAGGAGAUCAGAAUCCCUCAUGGAUAUACAUCAUAAAAAGCUAAAAAGCAAAGCAGCUGAAGAGAAGAACAAACCUCAAGAAAGAAGGCCGUUUGACCGAGACCAGGAUCUCAAAGUCCAUCGAUUUGAUGAAGCACAGAAGAAAGCCCUGAUAAGAAAAUCACGAGAUCUGAACACCAAGUUUGAGCACAGUAAAGGCAAUAUGUUUUUGUAACAUACAAGCUUGAAGCUUUUUCGAAGUCAGUUAUAUUUCAAAUACUUAA